ACAGCCUAUAACUGCCGCGGGUCGCCGUGUCCGACCUUUCACCCUGACGCUGACGGCUCAACGCGGAAGCGCGAUGGCGGCGGCAGAAGGGCCGGCAGGCGGCAAGAGCGGCGCUUCCCCGUCGGCUGCGCACCGGAGGCUGCGGAUCCUCUCGGGCCACCUGAGGAGCGGGCCGCCGGAGGCGCACCUGUCCGCUGCCCAGUGCCGAGGGCGGGCGGCGCCGGCGCCGGCUCGCCCUCAGCCGAGCACCUUCCCCAAGAGGCGGCAAGAAGUUUUUAAGUGGAACGGAUGGGGUUACAAUGACUCAAAAUUCAUCAUCAAUAAGAAGGGACAAGCAGAAUUCACAGGGAAAAGGUAUCGGCUAGGUGGUACGGUGUUGCCUUUUUUAGUAGACUGGAUGGAGAAAUAUAUGAGCGGAAGUCUGGAGCAUAAAAGUACUUCUAGAGCAUCCUUGAAUCUUAGUGAUGUGCCUCCUUCUAUUGCAAAUGAAGAAUUUAUCAAAGACCUCCAAGCUGCUAAAAUAUCAUAUACCCAAGAAGCAGAAGCUAGGAUAUUCAGAGCUCAUGGUCAUUGCUUACAUGAACUAUAUAAGCUCAGGGAAGGAAUGUUUCAACGAGUUCCUGAUGUAGUUGUAUGGCCAGAGUGCCAUGAUGAUGUGGUUAAAAUUGUGGAAAUAGCCUGCAAGCAUAACGUUUGUAUUAUACCAUAUGGUGGAGGAACAAAUGUUUCUAAUGCUCUUGAGUGUCCCGCUGAGGAGAAAAGAACGAUUGUUUCAUUGGACACCUCACAAAUGAACAGGAUUCACUGGAUAGAUGAGAAAAAUUUAACCGCUCAUGUUGAAGCUGGCAUUGUUGGACAAGACUUGGAAAGACAGCUGGGUGAAAGCGGUUACUGUGUGGGCCACGAACCAGAUUCAAUGGAAUUCAGUACACUUGGAGGCUGGGUGGCAACGCGAGCAUCAGGCAUGAAGAAAAACAUUUACGGAAACAUUGAAGACCUGGUGGUUCAUAUAAAAAUGGUAACCCCAAGAGGUGUGAUACAGAAAAGCUGUCAAGGACCGCGUAUGUCAACAGGACCUGACAUCCAUCAUUUCAUUUUAGGAUCUGAAGGAACCCUUGGAGUGGUAACAGAAGUUACAGUAAAAAUUCGACCAAUCCCUGAAUACCAAAAGUAUGGGUCUAUAGUAUUUCCAAACUUUGAGAAAGGGGUGGCCUGUUUAAGAGAAGUAGCAAAGCAGCGAUGUGCUCCUGCAUCCAUUCGCCUUAUGGACAAUAAUCAAUUUCAAUUUGGACAUGCUCUUAAAGGACAGGUUUCUUCAAUUUUUACAUCGCUUCUGGACGGGUUGAAAAAAUUCUACAUCACAAAGUUCAAAGGAUUUGAUCCCAAUGUGCUAUGUGUCACCACCUUGCUUUUUGAGGGAGACAGAGAGAAGGUUCUUCAGCAUGAAAAGCAAGUUUACGAUAUUGCUGCAAAAUUUGGUGGUCUGGCGGCUGGAGAAGACAAUGGACAGAGAGGAUACAUGCUAACAUUUGUCAUUGCUUACCUUCGGGACCUGGGCAUGGAUCAUUAUAUAAUAGGAGAAUCGUUUGAAACGUCUGUUCCCUGGGACAGAGUUCUAGACCUUUGCCGAAAUGUGAAGGAAAGAAUAGUAAGAGAAUGCAAAGAAAGAGGCGUUCAGUUCCCACCUUUCGUUUCCUGUCGGGUGACGCAGACCUACGAUGCUGGCGCCUGUGUCUAUUUCUAUUUGGGCUUUAACUACAGAGGAUUAAGCGACCCUGUUCACGUUUAUGAAGAAAUAGAGAUGUCAGCUAGAGAUGAAAUCCUUGCUAACGGAGGAAGCCUGUCACAUCAUCAUGGAGUGGGCAAGUUACGGAAGCAGUGGCUGAAAGAGAGCAUCUCAGAUGUUGGCUAUGGGAUGCUGAAAUCUGUCAAACAAUUUGUGGACCCCAAUAACAUCUUUGGAAACAGGAACCUUUUAUAAGCCUGGUUACUAUCCAAAGUGAAAUUACAAAAAAAAAAAAGUGCGAUCGUUUAUGAGUCUCAUGGCUAUCCCAGUAUCCAGAUAUAGCGUGGACCCAAUUUGAAAGCUGUUUACUCCUUACAUCUUUAAUUUUCUUCAGUUAAAUGUGAUCAUACAAUUUACUCAUAGCACACGUCCCACAGAGUACUCCAAAACAUUUCUCACACACAACCAGCCCAAAGUAUGUCAAUCUAACCGAUAACCUGUUUGGAUGGCUUCCCCUGCUAUAGUGCAAGAAUAGCUAAGGCGGAUACUAAAUGUUUCUGUCAUAGGAGACGUUCUUGACAAAGCCGCACUCCUGAGAAGCAGAUGAAAAAUGGGUUUAUAUUUCUAUAAAACAGCUUUUCUAUUGAAAUUUUAAACAAACAGGCAAUGAAAUUUAUGCCAUGCUGCAAUUUUUAAAAAAAAACAAAACCCGAAAAUAAUUUUGGAUUCCUAGUUCCCCCUAUCUGGUAUUACUGAAAGCAUUAGUUCACAAAGUGUAGUCUCAAUAGCAUUUGUAACUUUAUGUUCUGAACAAUACUUACUGACUCCAAAAAGCAAACAUUUAUUUUUAAAUACAGAAAAACACACUUUAUCUUUGUUAAACAAAGUAUAGUGCUUUCAUAAUUUUGCCCUGCUGAUUCUUUUACAGGGCAAAAUUUCCCAAGUAGACAAAUGGUCCUGUUAAUUCUGCUUCUCCAGAAGUGUAAUUUGGAGUUUCGGCCAUUUCAAUUCUGAAACAGUCUAUUUUAAAUUUUGACUGCUAGCUAUGAGUGUAAUCAUUUAGUCCACAAAAAUAAAAUGUCAUGCUUUUCUAAACAGUAUCAGAAAGCAUUAGAAUGAAACCUACCCUAGAAUUGUUAAAAUAAUUUAACCCUGCCUAUAAAUACCUACAUUUUUCGGCACCAGUUCUUAUUCUAUAUAUAUAUCUGAAAAAACUUUAAACAAAAAUAUCUGAAAUUGUGACACUUGCCCCCCAAAAUAACAUUUAUGUUAAUGUCUGCUAGCAAUUGGUAACAAAUGUGAAGUCUGAAUACAUCUGUUAAACAUCCUGUUCUAAUCUCCACUAAAUUUUUGCUAUUUAAUCUUAACCCAGCAUGUCAACUCAAAGCAAUGUAUGGUCAAAUCAUAGCUACUGCAUUCAUGCCCUAAAGCACCUUCAAAACAGACCCAGUGCAUAGUAUCUCAUCAUGACGAUUGUCAGUUUGCUCUUGGUCUUACCAGAACUCAAGAAAGCAAUCCAGAUAGUCCUUUUAAAAAUUUAAUCCACAAGAGGGGUUUUUUUUAAAAAAAAACUGCAGCGUGAUAGUCUUGAACAAUUACUCUCUACUAAAGUCUGUACCUAUAGUAAACAUUAAGACUGAGCACAACAUUAAGAUUUUUGUUUCUUAACCAUGUACAAGGUAUCCUCAUUGGCAACAAUCUGGUUACACCAGGGUACUCAGUUUUGUUUUUGAUAGGAAAAAAAAGAGUGCUUUCAUGUGCCUAAUGAGCACCAUAUCUAGGAUCAGAUGUUUGUUUCAGGGAAUAAAAUUGCCUUUUUGAUAGCAAAAGUUUAAUUUCCUGAUUAUUUUUGCUUGCUCUGACCAAGUUUAUUCUAUUUCCAAAUGUGUAGUUUCACUUAUGGUGCUUAAUUGAUUUACUUAAUUAUUAUAGGUUUCCUAACCCUUUGUUACUGAAAAUUGCACAGGGAAAUGCCCUAUGGGGAUAUUUUUCAUAAGUUUAUAGAUAAAUAGAUGACAAGGAGUGUUCAAAUCAUGAAGUAUAAACUUGUGUCUUGUUCACACUGUCCUGUCUAAUGAAGUAACUGGGGGGAGCUGCAAGAAGUGGAUAGGUUUUGAGGGAAAAGAUACAAUGCAGAUUACUGUGAACAUAUUGUAAAUUGCUUUACUUACGUCUAUUUUGCUAGACCUUAUUUCGUUUUCUUCCUUGUUGAAAUGGUUAAAUUGUUUGGAGCGUUAGCAAGAGCACCUGUAAAAUAUAUGCAAGUGUGUGAGUGCUAAUUCAAAAGACUGAGAUGCUCAUUAAAAAGUGAAAAUUUUCAAAUGGAAAGCUAUUUACAGUGUAUUCAUGACACACCAACAAGGCCAAAAGUAUUGGUGAAGGAUACGCAAGAAGAUCCAUUUAGCUUUCUCUAAUGGUGAGUUGCAACAUCCUACCAUCUUUCACUGAAGUUGUAAGGCUUGAAUCACUCACUCUUGACUAGGCUUCCAAAGGACCAUAUAUGUGCAACCAUACACAACGCCAGCAUUCUUCUGGCCUUCAGGAGUGACAUCUGGGAAGAGAUGGCAGGGAACCCUCCAGAUCAGCAUCCAGUGUGGUGCUAAAGGUUGACCAGAAAUGGAGGCAGGUAUAAAACUAUUUUAGAGGCACACACUUGGCUAUGGGACGCCUGGCCAUAAUCUGAACCCUCCUGACCAUUUUGCUGAAGGUUCAAGAUGUCUGCAGUAUUGCAGUGCCUCAUGGUAGGGAGGAGCUGGCUUGCAAAAUGCCGCACUGCUUUCCAUGCCCCCUUUCCAUCUGACCAGAAGCAAACGAGAGGGGUGACCUAGAGAUUCUGUGAGCUUGCUAAAACCAUUGGAACCUCUCAUUGAAUGCUAAACUGGUGAAGCAGAGCCUUUCUUGGUUGCUUUAAGUAGGGAAUGUGUAAAAACAACACACCACUGCAUGCUGAUUGGCAAAUCUGAAUUCCCAGCGCAAUGCUGUGAGUGUCUUCAAAUAAGGAGUGACUCAAAUCCCACAGGACGUACAUAGUGUAACUCUUUGGAUUCCUAGGAUUUUUUAAUCUGUUUAAAAUUAGAGCAUUGUAGCUGAACCGUCAGUGUGAUACCUGGGCAGAGCAUAAUUCUGUUUGAAAUAUGGCACAGUUGGCCAUAUUUUCAUAUACUGUUUUACUCCAAUGCCACAGUAAUGGGCAGGAUCCAAAGAACCAGGAAACUUAUUCCACAUACCUGAGGCCUUGAGUGGUGUUUGCAUGCAUGGAGAAUUGCAAUCUGUUUAAAUCUGUUAGGAGUUUCCACAGCAGUUUGUGGUGUUGUGAAGGGGAAGAGAAUCUAGAAUCCCACGGGUGAUAUGUGAGCUGUGUUGUGUGCUUAAAAAAGCUCUUUAGGUCCUGGCUAAAACCCAUUUUCUAUUUUGGCAGAGUUCACACCUCUAAAACAUGUUACUGACUGUUACAUCUCUUUGCAAUGGGGUUAGAAGGUUAGAUGCAAGGUUCUUGCCAGUCCAUAGGUUUUUUGGUUCAGAAAUCUGUGGGAAAGUUGGGUUUCCUUCUUAGGAAUUGUUUUACACUGAGGGUGCCUCUCAUUCUAAGGACCAAACCAGGUUACGUUAAGUGUGUCUAUGCACUAGAAUCAUAGUGGCGGUUUUUAAUGGCAGUGAAAUGGGCAAUGUGGGUCUGGACUGCAACACAGUAGAGAGCUAACCCCUUCUGCUACCACUGCAAUCUCAGUCCAAAUUGGAGUCCGCCACAGCUGCAUAUUUGUUAUUAUUAUUGCACACGCAAAGACUUAUGUAACAUAAGAUCUCUGGGGCCCUAGAUGAAAUCCACCAGUCUUGUCCUCUAGAAUACUAACCAACUAAAAAAAUACAAUUGAGCUUUUGGCUCAUAGCGGGAAACCAUGUUUAUCAUAUACUGAACAGGUAAUUGUACAACUACAGUUAUAAUGUUGAGAUUAUAAAAGGUUAUUAAUCAAACAAAAUGUUCCUGAAAUUUCUCCUUAAGCCGAUUAAAUUAAUACUUUUUCAAAUG